AUGUUGACUCCCGACAGUGUUCGUGAAUCUGUUGAGGAGUUUCAAAAGCGGAGCCUUUGUGAGGACGUAGACUAUUCAAUGCUGUCGCAUCAGAAGGAUUUUUUGGAUAAUAAGUUGUUGCAAAAAAAAUACUUUAAUAAGCAGCUCCUGUUGCUCUAUUCGCAGCUGGAACGAACUAGAAAUUAUCAGGAAUUUGUUGAUGUUUUGAUGAAUAACAGAUCGCUUUUGCGAGAAAUUUUUACACUGGAAGGGCAAAGUUUUACAAGUUCGCUGGUGGAACCUGAGUUAGAUCUAUCUUUUAAAUUUGGAAUAGACGUUCAGGAGUAUAUUAAUGAUGAUGAUGAGUUGUUAGCUUUAUAUGGCGACGAUUUACUGUAG